AUGGCUGCCAAUCUGCUGGAAGGACUAGGGCAACCGAAAUUUCGAACCAGCUGCGAUCAAUGCGGUGCCGCCAAGGUGAAAUGCGACCGAGGCCAGCCCGAAUGCGGACGCUGUGGCUCUCACGGCAAGAUAUGCGUCUAUGGGGUCUUACGGAAAAUGGGAAAGCCGCCGCGAGUGAAUCGAGCUGGUUUAAGUCGGACCCCGGUCGAUCAACCCGGAGCUGGAGCCGGAGCUGGAGCCGGAGCUGGAGCCAGAACUGGAACAGACAUUGCAGAUGUGUGCCAGCUCGACACCAGCAGUUACAUCAGCGAUGGUAUAAUUGGAACGUUCGAUCCGCUCUCAACUAUUACUGACGUACUUGCAGCUUGGGAUGCAAAGAAUAAGAACGCCAAUUGCAUCAGCCAGGAUGCAUUAGAUGGCUUGUUUAACGACAUAAACGGGCAAUUCAUGCCAAAUUCCCCUUCUUUCAAUCUGGAUGAAUGGGACUUUACAGACUAUUUCAAUAACCACUUAUCCUCUAAUUUGCAACUCGGCCCACUUCCUACCCCAGAAUCAACCGACUGGGGGGGUUGCCCAUCAACCGAACCCUCUACAGCACAGCCCGCCGCAUACCAAUCCCCAUCCGACCCAAAUUUACAUUCUGACCGAACUGAAAUACCAACUGUAGGCAUUAGCGGCCACGACUGUCCUCGGGAAGCAUACGAUAUCCUACGAAACCUAUCUUUCCUCAAUCCCAAUAGGAUUCAACCGACCCCAUCAUCAGGAUCAACGCCAUCCUCAGCCACAAAUAACGUCGACAAUCAGGUACCAUUAGACGACGUGCUACGCAUCAACUCUGAGGCCAGUGAGAGGCUUGGAGCUCUUCUGAGCUGCCCCUGUGCUCAAUCGCCACAUCUUGCAAUUCUCUAUGCCUCAAUUAUAUCCCGGGUCUUACAAUGGUACCAGCAAGCGGCUGGUUCCACCCAGAGUGUCUCAUUCAGUCACACCGCGUCAGACUGCUCCCCGACUAUUGGUGGCUCAGAAAAUAAAACCGCCGCAGUCGCUCCGUCCACAAUAGGAAUGGCACUUAUGCCUGCUAAGAUGGCCAUUGGGAGUUUCACCAUCGACGACCUACAUAUACAGACGGCCUUGAAGAUCCAGUUGCUAUCAGGAGAGAUGAGGAGAGCCGGCUGCCUGAUUGAUCAAUUUAUGUCACUCAAUUCCGGCGGUCAGUUUCAGACGGAUAAUUCCAAUUUUAGCAGCGUUGAUGGAUUGUAUCAAAGUUUACACUCAUGGUUACGGGGCGAGCACUCAAGGAUAGCAAAUAUGAUAAGGUUGCAAUUGAGAGAGCUAAAUACAUGA